CGUAUCCUUGAUGCCCUUUUCCCAUCGGUUCUUGGUGGAACAUGUGUGAUUCCUGGUGCUUUUGGUUGUGGUAAAACUGUUAUCAGUCAGGCUCUCUCCAAUGUCGGGUGUUUUUUGGAAGUGUCUCCAUUGCCUUGGCCAAUCUUUUUGUCUUUGCAGUACUCCAACGAAAUGGCUGAGGUACUUAUGGAUUUCCCACAAUUGACAAUUACAUUGCCUGAUGGUAAGGAAUCUGUUAUGAAGCGUACAACACUUGUAGCCAACACCUCCAACAUGCAUGUGGCUGCUCGUGAAGCCUCAAUUUACACUGGAAUCACUGUAGCUGCAUUUUUCAGAGAUAUGGGAUAUAAUACUGAAAUGCCUGCUGAUAGUGGAUAUCCUCCGUAUCUAGCGUCUUUCUACGAACGUGCAGACUUCUCUGAUCCUGUGACUUCUGCAACACUUAGUAUUGUGCAGGUCUUCUGGGGUUUGGACCAAAAGCUUGCCCAGAGAAAACAUUUCCCUUCUGUUAAUUGGCUGAUUUCCUACUCCAAGUAUUUGAUAAGAACAUUCUUAUAUUCCUAUCGUAAGAAAAGAUUUUUGGGUUUUCGGGCAUUGGAAACUUUCUAUGAGAAGUUUGAUCCAGAUUUCAUCAAUAUCAGGGCAAAGGCAAGAGAGGUGUUGCAGAGGGAAGAUGAUCUUAAUGAAAUUGUCCAGCUUGCAGGAAAAGAUGCGCUAGCGGAAGGUGAUAAAAUCACUUUGGAGACAGCUAAGCUAUUGAGAGAAGACUACCUUGCUCAAAACUCCUUCACACUGCUGUUGUCAGUUGAGAAAGCAGCUGGAAUGGAUGGUCAAAAGAUUACUUACACUCUAAUCAAACAUUGCUUGGGAGAUCUUUUCUACCGUUUAGUAUCUCAGAAGUUUGUAAAUCCAGCUGAGGGUGAAGGUACACUUGUAGCCAAAUUCAAGAAACUGUAUGAAGAUCUGACUUCUGGAUUCCGCGCAUUGGAGGAUGAAACUCGAUAA